GAAGCGGUGUCCAUGGCAACUCUGAUCGUGGCCCCAAAACACAAGGGAAGGAGGGGAGCCGGGGAGGGCGCGAGCCGGAGGCCCCGCAGAUGAGGGACGGGCCACCGGGUGCCCCAGGAAACCGCGGCUGUGCUGCCACCUGGCCCCGCCCGCCGCACCCUGGGCCCCGACACGGGGCCUUGGAGACUUGGAGCCGAGAGUGGGGGCUGUGAGCUCCUUGGGCACAAAGGAGGCCGCCCCUGGCCGUGUGGGUGCCACACACGGUGGCGUCUGGUCAGGGCUGAGUGCCACCGUGUCACAGUGCAGAAAAAUGCCAUCCUGACGCCUGGUGCUCAGUGAGCCUCGAGGACAGGGUUGCGGGGUCACCAGGGAGCCACGUUCCCAGCUGGGGGGCCCGCCUGGCACUGGGGGGGCCUCUUCCCCCCGGGAAAGCCAGGUGGAGGGGUGGCGGGCAGGUCCCAGCCCCACCAGGUCCUGUGGAACCUGGAGCGAGUGGCUCAGUGCUCCCACUCCGUGUCCCCAUGUGUCACGUGGGACCACAGCCUGAGUGUCCCUUGUCCAAAACAUUUGGGACCAGAGUGUUUCAGAUUCUGGAUUUUUUUUUAUUUUUGGAAUGUGAGCCUCCACACGAUGAGGUUCUUGUGGGGGGACCCCAGUCACACACGGGUCACGGUGACCUUCCUCGAUGCCAUAGAGCACCUGCCUUUGACCCCACCAGUGAACUGAGGGCUGGAGUUUUGCAUCCGCGUGUCCCAAAGGUGCCCCGCAGGACUCUGGACUCUCAGAAUUCCAGUUGGUGUCUUGGGGACACCCAGCUGGUCUUAAUAAUGACCCGCCCUGGGCAACACAGGGUUUCACACCCAGGGAGGGACCAAAUUGCCCCCCCCCCAUGUCACUCCUCGGGGACUAGGUGCUGGCAGGGGUCCGGCGGGCGGAGGGAGCAGGGACAGCAAUGUGGCUUCCAGACAGGGUCCUGGGCUGGGGUCCCAUGCCAGCCCCAAGGACGCACAGGCUGCACGGGAGUGGCUUGGGGACGGGGGCUGAGGGGCCUCCCGAGGUGGAGAAGCCCCAGGCACUGGCCACGGCUCCCCUCCCGCCCAAGCUCCCCUCCUCCCACAGGCUCCUGCCUUCUGCCAAUGACGAGGACCUCCCAGGGGACCUGCAGUCACUCUCGUGGCUCACGGCUGUGGACGUGCCUCGGCUGCAGCAGAUGGCGAGUGGCCGCAUGGACCUGGGUGGCCCCAGUGUGCCACAUCCACACCCAGGAGCCUUGGCUGGGGCAGCCGACCUGCACGUGGGAGCCACCCCAGGCCCCCUGCUCCACGGCCCACCGGGCAUGGCGCCCCGAGGCAUGCUGGGCCUGGGCCCCCUGUCCAGCCACGGAGCCAGUCAGAUGAGCCAGUUCCCCGUGGGGGGCCAGCCACCCUCUGGCCUGCAGGACCCCUCGCAGCUGUACUCACCGGGGACCCAGCCACAGUUCCCGCUCCCCCCGGGAGCCCAGCAGUGCCUUCCUGUGGGCCUCUACGGCCCCCCGUUGGGGGCACGGCCCUCGUACCCCCAGGCCCACAUGGCAGUGCAUGCACCGCAGGAGCAGCUGCACCCCAAGCACUACCCCAAGCCCAUCUACUCCUACAGCUGUCUGAUCGCCAUGGCCCUCAAGAACAGCAAGACGGGCAGCCUGCCGGUGAGCGAGAUCUACAGCUUCAUGAAGGAGCACUUCCCCUACUUCAAGACGGCUCCGGACGGCUGGAAGAACUCGGUGCGGCACAACCUGUCCCUGAACAAGUGCUUCGAGAAGGUGGAGAACAAGAUGAGCGGCUCCUCCCGCAAGGGCUGCCUGUGGGCGCUGAACCUGGCCCGCAUCGACAAGAUGGAGGAGGAGAUGCACAAGUGGAAGAGGAAAGACCUCGCCGCCAUCCACCGGAGCAUGGCCAACCCCGAGGAGCUGGACAAGCUGAUCUCAGACCGGCCGGAGAGCUGCCGGCGACCCGGCAGAGCGGGGGAGCCCGAGACCCCCGUGCUGACUCACGCUACCUCGGUGGCCGUGGCCCACAGCUGCCUGGCCAUCUCCCAGCUCCCCCCGCAGCCCCUGAUGACCCUGUCCCUGCAGGCCGUCCCCCUGCACCACCAGGUCCAGCCCCAGGCCCACCUGGCCCCCGACUCCCCGGCUCCGGCCCAGACCCCGCCCUUGCACGCCCUGCCCGACCCCAGCCCCGGCCCCCUCCCGCAGCCCGCCAUGGGCAGGACCCCCGUGGACUUCGUCAACAUCAGCACCGACAUGAACCCCGAGGUGGAUGCCCUGGACCCCAGCAUCAUGGACUUUGCCCUGCAGGGGAACCUGUGGGACGAGAUGAAGGACGAGGGCUUCAGCCUGGACGCUCUGGGGGCUUUUGCUGACUCCCCGCUCGGCUGUGACCUGGGGGCCUCCGGCCUGACCCCUGUCUCUGGUGGCAACGACCAGUCCUUCCCUGACGUGCAGGUGACGGGUCUCUACACCGCGUACGCCACCCCGGACAGUGUGGCCUCGGCGACGGCCGCCUCCCAGUACCUGGGUGGCCCAGGGCACAAGCCCAUAGCUCUGCCCUGAGCCGGCCGACGGCCUCAGUGGCCCCCCAGCCCCCAGCAGCUGGCUUGGGCAGGGGACCAUGUGGACUGGGGUGUCCCAGAGACAGGCCCCUCGCCUCCCACCGGCCCCUCCAGAGCUUCCCACCAGGUGGCUGGCCGGGAGGGGAACCCGUUCCUGCCACUGGAAGUCCCUGCGGCCAAGGACAGUGGACACGCAGCCUGGCCUCCCCUGCUCCUCGGGGGCCUGGACCCCCAGGCCUGGCCUCGUUGAACACUCUCCUGGGGAGGGCCCCCCGGUGACCGGCAGCCUGCUUUGGGACCCACCAGUGCACCAGGGCCACACUCAGGCCCUCCACCUGCUGUGGUCACAAGAAGGCCGAGCAGCCCAGAGCCUCAGCCUGGGGAGGCCAGAGGCCAGGAGGGGCCUGGGAGCUCAGAACAUCUCUGGGAUGAAGCAGCCUGGACUCUGGGGGGCCGCAGCCCACUUCCCCCGGAGCAGGCCACCACUCCACAGACAGCCUGGGCCCUGAGUAGGUUUAUUUAUAUUUAUUGUGGCCUCCUCCACCCCAGCAAACCCAGCCCCAGGCCUCCGGGAUGAGACUCCUCCAUCCCUCCCGGGUCCCCGGCCCCCCCAGCCUCUAAAUGACCAGCGAGUCACAUCUAACUGGCUUGUCCUCCUCGGCAGCCGCGGGCUUCUUUUUAGGACAAACAAGCACUUUUGAUCGUGUGAGGCAUCCUGGUUUGAACCGUAGGGACACUGAUAUUCUCACUGUCAUGAACCUCUUCCUGUGGGCACCUGAGAGGAGAGGUGCCAUGGUUUGGGGGCCUGGGGACUUUUUAGGGACCCAUGGAGCUGCGAUGGGCGGAUGGAGCAGGGAGCUCUGUGCCCGGGGCUAAGACCCCCAUUGGAGAGACAGAUAGCUGUCCCCGGGGGGAAGUGUGGCCCGGGCAGCCAGCGCCACCCAGAGCACGAAUCGUCACCCACUUGCCCAGUUCUUUGUCCCCCGGGCAUUUCUUUUCCUCAUUGUCAACGACUGAUUCUCCACGUGGCAGGCUCUGUGGGCAGCAGGGUUAGCAGGGGUUUGGGGACAGCUCUGCCAACUGCGGCCGAAACUGGGGCAGCAGCAGGGACCCCCCCCUCCACCCUCGGUGUUUAGAGGCCACAUCCUCGAGCCCCCAAGCCCUAGGGCCAGAACGUUCUGACUCGCCAGCCGUCCCGGGCUUUGCCAGUCACUCCUGUCUUAAGGGCCGCUGUAAGUCCUCUCUAGUUCUGGAACUUUCUGCCAAGCCUCGCCAGCUUGAGGCAGCCCAGCGCCGCCCCCCUGACCGGCCCACUCAGCUGCCGCGUGCGUCCCUAAGUUGAGAUGUUUCAACUGUCACUGGUGAAGACCCGGGUGGGGGCAGCGCGGGGACUCUGUAGCGAUGGUGUCGAGGACCUGUCUUCUGUCAAUAAAGGCUGAACGGCA